GAUGGGGGCCGUGGCGGAACUCGCCUUUGUUAUAAAAGAAACGGAGACCAACGUUGAACGGACAGUGGUACACUACUGACAGAUCGGAAAAAUUAGUGCAAUUCCUCGAGGAGAUAACAGGUGUGUCAGCUGACAGAGAAUGGCUUGCUUGAAACUUUACACAGUCCUGCUGCUGGCUGUCAUUAUUGGCAUCGUCGCUGCGAAACCAGGAUACUUAGGUGGAUACUACGGCGGAUAUUAUCCUUACAUUUAUAGCUAUAGAUAUCCGUUCUACGGAUAUGGCCACGGAUUCGGACAUUAUGGCUACCCCUAUUAUGGUUAUGGUCACGGAUUCGGUCACUAUGGCUAUCAUUAAUC